GGCACUGCAAAAGUUGAAGCAAUCUCCCUAAACACGUCUGAAAUGAGAGUUGAUCAUAUAAACUUGAAACCGACAGUCUUCAACAAAAUGUACAAUCUAAGAUUACUUCAGAUAUUUGAAUGCAUAGAAAAGUGCAAAUUACAUCUCCCACAAGGUCUUGAUACACUCCCUGAUACACUCAGAUAUCUCAAUUGGCCCACAUAUCCUUUGAAAUCUUUACCAUCGAGUUUUAUGCCUCAAAAUCUAGAUUUAGGAGGCUGCUCAACUAUUGACAAGUUUCCAGAGCUUCCGAAGAAUUUAAGGAUGUUACACUUAAGCGGAACCGCGAUAGAACAAGUUCCCUCGUCAUCCUUUGAGUGUCUCCCUAAUUUGGAGGUUCUAUAUCUAGAAAAUUGCACAAGGCUUAAGUCCCUGCCAACCAGCAUAUAUAAGCUGGAGUCUCUUGUGACUCUUAAUCUGUCCGAUUGCACAAACUUCAAAAGCUUCCCAGAAAUCUUGGAGCCUAUGGAAUACACUGAAAAUCUCGAGCUUGUUCCAAACAACAUCUACAAUAUACGAUGCCUUGAGUAUCUUGACCUUUCUAAAUGUCCAAAACUUGAGAGUUUGCCAGCGUUGUCAGUUGGUUUUCACUGCAAGAUUGAAGUAGAUCUAAGUUACAACAGCAUAUUAAAAGUCCCUCAUUGGAACUUCGGUUUAUCCUCGUUGACAUUGCUUGACUUGACCGAUAUCACCACCGGCAGAAGACAUGUGAGCAUGGAACGAUUGUUUAAUAUGAUUCUGUUUUCAAGAGGCAACAACGAGACAGGUGACUUUCAGAUGGAUAGCCUUUUGGCCAAACCUCAGGCAUGCCGAUGUUCGCCUUUGGAUAAUUCCAACUUCUCAAACUUUCUCUUUUGCGGAUGUCCAAGAUUUGAUGAGGCGGAGUGCACCAAUAUGGCGGCUAAAUUCCUGCUUAUCGUUUUGUGGGAGGCAAUUUGGUUUAAGAUGAAAGAAAUAGAACGAGAGAAAAUAAUUUUUCCUAGAAUCAAUUUAUGCUGUCCUGGAAAUGAAAUUCCAUGGUGGUUCAGUGAUCAGUCCAAGGGAUCUUCAAAACAUAUCAAGCUUUCUCCAAAUUGGCAUAAUCCCGACUUCUUAGGUUUUGCCUUUUGCUUUGUUGUUGAGUUUGAGCACUAUUGUUUUGAUGUCAAGCACUUGAAUUGCUGUUGUGAAUACCAUUUAAAAACCAACCAUGGUGAAAGCUACAGAUCUGUUUGGAGAUCCCAGAGACCAGAGAAGGCCGAAUGGAUGAAAGAAAUCAAAUUUCUCAAUUCAGAUCACUUGUUGCCCUGA